CUUGGGUACUUAUUUGGGUAUUCCAAUCACCCAUAUGAGACAUUCUCAUAAAAACUAUGGAUACAUCUUGGAAAAGGUGCAGCGAAGGCUUUCGAACUGGAAAAGUGCCAACUUGAGCUUGGUAGGAAGGAAGAUUUUAGUUCAAUCUGUGACAGCCUCUAUACCGACCUACACUAUGCAAACUACCUUGCUCCCGAAGACCACUUGUGACUCAAUCGAUCGUUUGAAUAGAGAUUUUUUAUGGGGCUCAAAUUCUGAGGCCCGUAAACCACAUUUAGUUAAUUGGGAAGUUGUUUGUUCAGAGAAAAAGCAAGGCGGACUUGGGUUGAGAUCUGCAUGGGAAAAUAAUCAAGCUUUUGUUGCAAAGCUUGGCUGGUGUUUACUUAAGGGAGAUAAGGCCUUGUGGUGUAAAGCUAUCCAGACUAAGUAUCUUCGGGGACUUAGUCUUUUGAAUGCCAAGGCUAAUCCACGAUGUUCUUUCAUUUGGCGUGGGAUCUUACAAUGCUGUCCACUUUUGCAGCAAGGAGUCCGUUGGAGAGUUGGAACUAAUGUCAUCAAUUCUGAUGGUGAAUGGGAUUUAGAUUUUUUGCAUACCUUGGUUCCAGUAGAGAUAGUUGAGAUUAUCAGGGCAAUACCUUUAUCCAAGAACCUACAGCUGACAGAUAGUAUCUUUUGGGCAGGUUCAAUGGAUGGCUCUUUUACUGUCAGGUCCGCAUAUCAACUUAUACAGGAGCAAAAGAAACUAGAUAAUUCUUCUCUAGACUCAUGGAGUUGGGUAUGGAAGCUAUGUUGUGCAGAGCGAAUUCGAAUGUUCAUAUGGCUUUUGGUGAGAGGGAGGGUUCUCACUAACUCUCUACGUUUUGACCGUCAUAUGUCUACCUCUGGUGUUUGCCCCAGGUGCGAUGUUUUUGAGGAAACGCCUAUUCACUUGUUACGUGAUUGUUAUUAUGCUAAGAUUGUCUGGGGACUUUUGGGGUUUGCUACAUCUGAGUUCUUUGCUCUAGAGUUGGUUUCGUGGAUUAAGAAAUUUUCUAAUCCAUCACGGCGGAAUAGGCAUGCUGGAGUGUCACAGACGAUGGUGUUUUUGUCUGCCAUUUGGAUUCUCUGGAAAGACAGAAAUGCUCUCAUUUUUAGAUCUCAUAAAUCAAGACCCCAGGAGUUAUGUGCUAGGAUUUUCCAGCAAGCACAGUACACUAUGAUGGCCAUGAAUCCUAUAUUGUCACCCCGUUCAAGGCAGCCACGAUGGGUAAGUUGGAUUCCACCAGAAGAGGGAUGGUGCAAACUAAACUCUGAUGGGUCUUAUAAUGCUGGUGAUAAAUCGGCUGGAGCAGGAGGUUUGAUUAGAGACAGCACAGGUUGUUGGAUUUCUAGUUUCACAGUUAAUGUGGGGGAUGCUUCUAUUUUUAUUGCUGAACUUUGGGGUCUUAGAGAAGGACUUCGGUUAUGUAAAUCUCUUGGAUUAUCUAAAAUUGUUGCAGAAAUGGAUUCAUUAAUGGCUAUUCGUUCUAUUCAAGAGCAUCGGAUGCCCGACAAUUUGUCUGCAGCAAUUCUUGUAGAAAUUCAGAGUUUGAUGCUGGAAUUUGAAGCCUGCCUUCUGCAACAUACUUUGCAAGAGGGGAAUGCUGCAGCAGACUUCUUGGCUUCCUUGGGACACUCGUUGCCACCAGGUUUAAGAAUUUGGAGCUUUCCAUCGAGUGGCUUAAGGUCCAUCCUCACCGGGGAUCAACUAGGGACAUGCUUCCUUCGUUUUUAGUUUUCUCUUAGUUUAAUUACCUUACUCUGAUGUAACCAAAAAAAAAAAAAAAGAAUCUUAAUAUUAAAGAACUAUUUCUAUU